GACAACCCUACUUCCAGAUCCAGUUCCAGUUCUAGUUCAGCAAAAAUUUCGCUUGCAAGGAAUUUGCAAAAAGCAGCGGAAUUGUUUAUGUGGGGAUCGGCAGCAGCGGCGUUAGCAAAAACAACAACAAUAUUAGCAACGUUAGUGAAUGAAGUGAACGUGAACUGAAAUACCGCUCUCCCACUCUCGCGCUCACCAGUUUGGGCUUGCGAGUGUGUGUGUGUGCUUGUGAGUGCGACGCCUGGAACGGCAAAUUGCGAACUGCACAUAUUUCCCAAACCCUUGAACACCUGAAAACCUGAGACACCUGUCCACUCUGGUGGCGUUUAAGCGGUCACAGAAUCCUUGAACAGCUGAAACAUCUGGAUAGCCAACGGGUAGGACACCCCGAAAACAGCUGCUAACUGAAGCGGGUCUUCAGUGCUAUAAAGUUCUGUAAAGCGAACAAAAGCAAGUGAUAAAUUGCCGCAGGAACCCUCAACCUCGUCUGUCCCACGCCUCGCUGCUGCUGCUGAUCACCUGGAUGCCCGGCUUCCACCUCAAUGAAAUGGGUGAAAUGGUCCUAGACGCCAUUGACGACAUCGGCGUAGUCGAUGUCUACGAUCUGGCUUCGGACAUUGGCAAGGAGUAUGAGCGGAUCAUGGAUCGUUUUGGCACGGACGCCGUUAGCGGCCUGAUGCCCAAGAUCAUCAACACUCUGGAGCUGCUGGAGGCGCUGGCCACGAAGAACGAGCGCGAGAACGCCACGAUCCAGGAGCUGCGCGAUAAGGUCGCCCAGCUGGAGAGUGAGAAGCUGGAGAAAGCUGAGUUCCGGCGGCGCUUUGACAAGGAGCUGGAGCUGAUCGAGGAGCAAUGGCGCAGCGAGACAAACGAACUGGUCGAUCUCGUCAGCUCGCUGCAGGACGAGAACAAGCGCCUGGUCAAGCAGACGCAGGACCUGCAGUCCUCCUCCGCCCAGAGUUCCGGCUUGGGGGCUAGUCUCACUGAAAGCAUCAUCAGCAUGACCAACCAUGAGUUGCACGGCGCUCUUUCGGACACCCAGGUCCUGCAGCGACUCAAGGAGCAGAUAUACAAGCAGCGGGACGAGCUGAAGCACCGCGAGCGGGAGCUGCAGGACAAGUACAGUGAGCUCGAACACCUCAACAUUCAGGCGGAGCGGCUUAAGGCUUCCGAACGGGACACACGCCGCCGUCACAAGCUGAUGCAGGCCCAGGUGAAGACGCUUUGCGAGGAGCGUGCUGAUUUUCUGGCCCAGCUGCAAGACCAGAGCCGCGAGAUCAAUCAGCUGCGCAAGCGCCUGGGUCUGGCCGAAAAGGAGAACGAGGACUUGGUCGCCUCGUACGACGAUGGCCAAAACGAUCCCAAUCGGCCGCGGUACACUACGCGUGAGCUCAAGGAGCUCAUCAGUGAGCGCGAUGAGCUGCUAACCACCAUUGACGGGCUCAACGAGCAGCUGGCGGAGCUAAAGCCGCCCAGCAAGACAAAGGCCAAGCGGCAGCGCCACUUUUCGAGUUCUGACGACAGUGACGACGAUGACGAUGGUCACGUGGCGGACAACGACGAUGACGAUGAGGAGGAGGAGACGGCGGCGGAGGCGGGUGAACUCGACCCACCAGCAACCGGAGAGACGCCGCCUGGUCACGAUGCGCCAGUCCAGGGACCGCUGCCCUACGAGCCGGACGAUGCACCUUGGAAAAAGAGCUCCGAGUCGGGAAUUCGCAAGUUCUUCCGGAAAUUGUUCUCGGACCAGUCGGACGGCAACAACACAUUCCCGAAACGUUCCUUGGCCACGCUCUCCAAGAUGGCGCUAUCUGCCACGCCUGGUUCCGUUUCCGCCUCCGCAGCGGCGAAUUUGGGCAAAUGCCUUUGUCUGACACUGUCCCUCGCCCUUCACCUGCUCCGCUUGAGCUGUACAUACAUAGUUUACACACUCGAUUGCUGUGCUCUCGUAAUUCUAAGUUGUUAUGCUAUUUUUUUUACGUAAUACGCGUUUUUUUCGUAACCCGUAACUAAACUGGAUAUAUUUUAUACGAAUCGACUUUUUUACUCUCGAUUUAUUCUAACUUAAUUAACGACUACCAUGUAAGACUCCAAAAAAAAACAAACUACAGCCCAUACAUAUGCAAGUGUUCCAAAGAACAAGAAUUGUGCAAAGAUUGCCGAGUGAGUUUUUAAUGAAUUUAGACAAACGACAAGGAAAAGAAAAAAGACAAAUCCUACCCCUAUGUGUAGAAACAAUUGGACCCUGGUCAAGAGGACUUCUGGGCCCUCAGAUUUUAGAGAGUGCAAGAAGAAUGAGAUGAUUUUGCUUCAAUUAUCCGUAGCCUAACUAUCUCCCGAUCCCAAUUCUAACUCUUUUGAAUCCCCAGCUAGCGCUGUCCCCUAUGAGUAUACACAUCUGUUGGAAGGUAUUUUAGCAUUCUCAUAGCAGUUGCCCCAAGCGGCCUUAUAUAUAUAUUACAAAUUUAUCAAAGUACGCAGACUUUAGAAUGCGAGAAACCUUAAAAGAAAGAUAUAUAAUUGAUAUAUAAUUAGCAAACGUUACAACCUUAGCGCAUUGUUUGUUGAAUUGAAUUAAACUAACUAAACGAAACCAAAACUAAUCAUAUUAGAUUCCAUUGAUCGCAUAGAGUGCACAAAGAUGCCAAAAAUGAAAAUAAAAAUCUCCAAGUAAUCCGAUUGUCGGUCAGUCUGAACAGGUGUGUGUUUUAGAAAAGAGUUUUACCUUUGACUUAGCCAACAACGAGCAGCUCUCUCGAAAUGUUGUUACCAAAAUAUUGUGAAAAUGAACAGCACGCCAUUUUACUUACUUUACUAAAAGCAGCUUGAAAUAUAGACAAAGGCCCUUCCGAAAAGCGAUUACUUACUUAUUAUCCCCAUUGUUCUUAGGAGAUCUCAGUCGAAUAGAGCUUUUGACCCCAGAUAACAAGGUAUAAAACUAAUGAUUCCAUACUGGUAGUACUAAUAUUAUGUUUGAGGGUCAAUCUCCGUCCCGAUUUGGUUAACACACUCUGUUCCCGUUUCCACUCACGAAGCACAAAGCGAGGAAACUCCAGUUACAUAUCAGCUUUGUCGAUAGCAUCGACUUUUAUGUGCCAAAGACUAAUUGUCAGACCCCUUUUCCCGACCUCAACCGCCACGCCUCCGCAGGCCUUACCCCUCCACAUCAUUUUCAAAAUAUCUGUAUCGUUUAACUUACAACAAUUUGUGGCAACUGAUCUUAAAUUUCAAUAUGAGCGCAACUGUAUCGAUAUAAUGAUGGACUAACAAAAGAGUAUUAAGAUCGUUUGAAUGAGAUAAAAGUGGAGAGACAUUGAGUAAUUGGUGAAUUAAUGUUAACUAAAUUUGUAUACACAUAUACACAUGCAUUAUACAUAAUAUACUUUACUAUAUACUAUGUAAUACCGUAUUAUAUGGAACUAUGACUAACCGAAAAGAUGGCAACAAUUAUACAAAAUUAAAAGCG